GAAUGUUUACUUGUGCAGAAGUCUUUCUUGUGUGGAAGCACGCUGGUCCCUAACUCCUGGCUGACCAGACUUCACCAACUUUACCACCGUGCAGCACGUGUAACUCCUUGACAGGAUGGCAGACAAAAGAACAGCUGGUGCAAAGCAAUAGGGGAUUCCUAGUGAGGAGGAGGAAAGAAAAUUGCAAACCUUUCACCGGCACCAUUGACAUCCGACAACUGUAAGGGCAGCAGUUGCAACAGGACGAGCUGAAGCCACCAUGCGCAGGUCUAGCACCGAUGAGUCGACCUAUCACAGGAGCCCUUCCCUGGACAGCAAGGAUUACAGUUUCCCGAAUGGCACCUUUCGUCGCUACAGCAGCAUGUAUGGUGGCCAGUUUGGGGCUACCAGCAACUCUUUUUUUGGAUUCCACACCAACCCAGGCCCUAAGGCCACUAAGGCUAAGUACACGACCCCCAAGGGAAACAAGUACGUUGUCUUUUACCUGGAUCUCUCGUUUAUUUUUCUCCUAGAACUGAAGAGGUGCAGCAUGGCUCACAACUGCCUGCAGUGUAUCAAGUACCUAAUGUUUGUCUUCAACCUGCUCUUCUGGUUGGGAGGCUGUGGAAUCCUUGGAGUAGGCAUCUGGCUGGCUGUUACCCAAGGGAACUUUGCCACCCUCUCCUCUUCUUUCCCAUCCCUGUCAGCUGCCAACCUACUGAUCGUCACAGGGACAUUUGUCAUGAUCAUUGGCUUCAUCGGCUGCAUAGGCGCCAUCAAAGAGAACAAGUGCCUCCUGCUGAGUUUUUUUAUCAUGCUGUUAAUUAUAUUUCUGUUGGAGCUCACUGUUGUGAUUCUCUUCUUCGUCUAUACUGACAAGAUUGACAAGUAUGCUCAGCGGGAUCUGAAGAAAGGGCUUCAUUUGUAUGGGACAGAUGGAAAUAUCGGCCUAACUAAUGCAUGGAGCAUCAUUCAAACAGAUUUCAGAUGCUGUGGAGUCUCCAACUACACUGACUGGUUUGAAGUGUACAAUACAACCCGAGUGCCAGACUCCUGCUGCUUAGAAUUCAGCGAGAACUGUGGCCUCCAUUCCCCAGGGACCUGGUGGAAAGCGCCUUGCUAUGAAACAGUGAAAAUAUGGCUCCAGGAAAACUUACUAGCAGUGGGAAUCUUUGGAUUGUGCACAGCUAUGGUGCAGAUUCUCGGACUCACCUUUGCAAUGACCAUGUAUUGUCAGGUAGUCAAGGCAGACACCUACUGUGCAUAGAUACCAUUCCCAAUCUUUCUGCUACUCCUCCAAAGGACACAGGAGAAGUCUCCUUCAUGCUUAUUCAUCU